CUCUCUCUUCCUUGUCUUCGUGACUUUCGCUCCUCUUCGUCUUUUUGUGCUUCGCUUUCCCCGCACUCGUACAUAAAAUCCGCCGAAACCCGCGUCGAUUUCACCGCUCCACCGCCGCCGUCCCCGCCGCCGCCGCCGGCGGACCCAUCUCUCCCUCCCUCCCUGCCUCGCCGGCUCCGUUGGGCUCCGACCCACCUCGCCGCCUCCGCCGCCGUCGCCGCCGCCGUCGUCCUCCGGUUGGCCCGCCGAUUCCGAUGCGAUGGGCUGUGCCGGAUCUCGGGCCAAAGGAGAUGACUCUUCUAAGAAAAUUAGGAAGCCAAAACCUUGGAAGCAGCCUGAACCAAUUACAAGGACACAACUGAUGAAGAUGCGUGAGGAGUUUUGGGACACCGCACCUCAUUAUGGUGGGAGACAAGAGAUAUGGGACGCUCUGCAUGCCGCAGCAGAAGCAGAUCUAACGCUUGCCCAAGCAAUUGUGGAUAGUGCUGGCGUGAUUGUUCAGAAAGCUGACUUGACAGUAUGCUAUGAUGAAAGAGGUGCGAAGUACGAAUUGCCCAAGUACGUUUUGAGCGAGCCGACCAAUUUGAUUGAUGAUAAUUGACAAUGGAGGCAGGGCGGAUUUUGCUCGGCUUAGUGUGUAAAUCCUGUGAAUUGAUAUCGAUAGUUUGGUAAAACAAAUUGCAUCAAAGUGGAGCGCAUUCUGGUAUUUUAAUGGUGCACACUCCAAUACAAGUGUUACGUAACUUUUGCCCCACGAGAUGUAUAACUUCCACAGUUUCAUAUGGUUUGUUUCAUUAGUAACCAAUCCUUCUAAAGAAACGUGAAAAGCAAUCAAUUCAGGUGAUUGUUACAGUGGAAAA